AUGGCCAAACAUAGAAUGAGAGCUCUGUGGGUUGCUGUUUCAAUCGUGGCGCCUUCGAUUGUAUCUGUUGGCGCAUUUUUGUGUGACUUCGACUAUCCAGAUGGCUUACUUAGCAGCAAUGCUUUUGCCAGGUGUAACAUGGAUAUCGGCCACUCUGGAUCCGCCACCCUUAUAUGCCCUCGCCGAGUCAACGACACCAAGUAUGUAUGGCAUCCUCAGCCGAAGUCUGGUGAUCACUCUCAUCUCAAUGCAUACGUGAGUGGUGAUGGCAAGUUACGUGCUGUUGCUCUUUCGGAUGUAGUGGUUACCGAUGCACCAGUUUCAUUUGCUUCGGUGCAAACUAACCUUUCCCAAACAAAACUGAUUUUUAGCCUAAGAGAUGACCAAAUAUAUGCCAUUACCGAGCGCCAUUCAAUAUUCAUCUGCGGUCCACGAGAUUUGAUUCUGAGUGAGAAGUUGCAGCGUCACCUUGACGCAAUGAAUGGUGUCAUCCAAAUGCAAGCACUUCCCUGGACAUCAAACACUCCAUUGGUUAGAGCAAUUAAGAAAAUGGGCAAGGGUCUGGGGGUGGUUUUCUUGUACAGAGGGUACGUGCAUAUACCACUUCACGGAUGUGGCAGCCGCCCCUCGCCACUAUUUGCUCUGGAUAAUGAGGUCGCGGUAGACCCCGUAACUGGCGUACGAUCAUGCGUGGCGGAUCCUAUGUCUAAAUCACGUAUAGGUUUUGUUUGCGAAGGUCGAAUAGAACCUGAUGAUUGCAUGAGAUACCUCUUCGAUACGAAUGGCGACACUGUGGGUGCUCCUCUACCGGAUCAUUAUUGGAAUGUCGAAAACUACAGACCGUGGGUGGUAGCGCAAUAUGUUAAUGAAUUAGCAUUGCCACCCAUAAAUGGCGAAUGUAGGUGCAUAGAUUCCGAAACAGGUCAGGUGAAGGCCAGGAUUGAGAUCCGUUCGAAAAACGAGUAUGUCUGUGACAUUACUAGCAAGAUAUUCCGCAACCGUGUGCACCCCAUCCGGGGACCUUGGUGUUCCGUGGUGCUUCAUCCUGGUAGCGCCUUGACUGUGAGGUUCCCAGUGGCGGGUGUAGACUCAAGAUCCGACGAAGAUUCAGAUUCAGAUUUCCAAGCUGGCCUGCCGUCCCAAGAUCUGUCCAUCUAUGAAUAUGAAACAGAAUUCCUGCCGAAGGACUUGACUACUCUGCGACAACUGAAAUCAAAUCAUGACAUGGAUCGUUACGAUGAAAUCUCAUACCACGAAGUCAUAGCUGGUGAUGCACUUGAAUGGGAUCUUUCCCAAAUGGCCCAAGGGGAAGUCAAACUGAAAUACCAUGUGGACAAACCUCUCACAUUAAGAAAUGGGAAGAACUUGUUUGUAUACCAUUGGACACUGAAAUCCAGAAACAGGUACGUCUUAGAGAGGAUAAGCGCCACGGUGAGUGUCUCCUUCGCGUUCACCCAUCGCUACAAUAUCAUUGGUUGCGACAGAGGUCUACAAAGCGUGUUUAAUCAGGAUAUCAGUGACGAAUAUUGUUCCACUCAUUUUACGGUAUACGGUACAGGGGAGAGGUACGAAUGCGUGUACGAUGGUAUGCGAGACGUUAGGCAGACUGGUAUCCACUGCGAACCAGACGAAGAGCUGCUACCGGGCAACUGCAGGUCCACAGGAUACGACCUGUACUCGAAUCAGAUUAUGCCAUUUCCGGGAUCCAUCAGAAACGCGGUGCCAUAUCCCAUUCCAGGAUUUCAGGUGUUCGACUUUGAAUUCCACAACAGUACUGCUCUCAGUUUUGCUUGUGUCUGCGUCGACGAACUUGGAUACGAGAAUUCUAGGCUUGUUUUAGAGCACAACCAUCACGAAACAUAUCGUUACGCGGUACGUCGUGAAGAGCCACAGCACACGUUGUCUCCAUACUUACUAUUGCCUUGGCAUGAGGUGGCAUUAUCAAAUGAUGACUUUACGUCAUCAAGGCCGCUUGUGCUAUACAACGUAUCGUCAGCCUCUAUUAAACUGAAUGUGGGCACAACGCUGUGGUUAGCGUGUGUGCCUGACUCAGAGAUUAUAUCGUUUGAAGAAAUGCUAAACGUUGGAGAUAAUGGUGGGAUAAGAACGACGUGGCUGCCAAAGCAGCCUGAAGUCUUUUAUUAUACAGUCAAUGAAACGGCACAUGGGCAUGUGCUUAUUCGGAAGAGAUACAACGACGCCUUUGUAACCGUUCCUGGAAGUUUCGAAGUCAGACACCAAGAGGUUAAUGCGGCUGGUGGAUAUAAAAUGAUAAUGAUAGAAUUGAAUAGACGCGCCAUUGUUAUAUCUAAGGAUCCACAGCACAAAGAAAUUGUGCCGAUGACGUUCGUCUGCGGUAAGGCGCUUCAACCGUCAGAUUUAUCCAUAGUCACUGACAACGCAACUACAUCGGCAUCGGUUUCACCGCCCAAUCUUCGGACGAUCGGAUCCUCUACACGAUACAGCUGGCACGCCGUUGAAGUUGCCGUCGAGACCACCGACCCGUACAUGCAGGGCUGCGGCGUCACAUACGCAUCGAAUGAGCUGUUCAAACCUGAGGCGCUUCCAAUCUACGACUCCGACGGGGAGCAGCAGCCCGGUUGCAAGUUCGAUUUUCACGCUGCUAAGGAAGCGGCGUUUUACUGCCCAGCGCCGUACGUCCUGGACCCACCCAGCUGCUUCAGCCAGGUCGCGGUUGAAGGUACCGUCAAGAAGACGGACGACCUCAGCCAGUCAUUGGUGGUGUCGCGAUCCAACCACUUCGUAAUUCUGAGUUUUGACGCUUCUCAUGUAGGACCCGGGGAAACGCUGCGCCAGACUCCACCGUUGGAAUGCCGCUGCGUCACCGUCAAGGGUAUCGUGCUCUCCACCAUCCAGAUCGAGAACUACUAUGCCAAGUAG